AUGCUUCUUCCGCCCCACUGCUUAGCACGCCCGCUAGCGUGUGCGCAAUGGGCAGGGCACCACCAGCUUGUGUCGCUGUUCCCCUCGUCCACCAGCUAUUCAGCGGUGGCAGCAUACCUUGUGGUGGCUGAAAACUACUUGGACACCAUCUGGGACGAGACCUUAGCCAGCGUCGCCAAAAUCCCCUGGGACGACGAGCUGGAGAUCUAUAUCACCAAGGAGCGGGUAUCCACCGGUGAUCGGCUUGUUUCCAAGUUCAGAAAGUCCACACAGGAGUCUGUAGCCGAGUGGACAGGUGACGACGAAAAAGGGCUUGUUCUCGCCAACAUUGGGUUUGCCUACGUCACCCUCGGCCUGCUAUUGGCUAAACAGCUGUUGGAAAGUGGCCACGACCAGUGGAAGAGCGUGGUGGAUUUGUACAAGAAGGCAUUGGCGGUAGCGAAGCUCGGGACUCUGAAGUUUGGAAAAGCGGGGUUUGCCGUGCUUAACACCGUGGCCGAUGUCCUGCUUCAGUUGCUGGUAGUAGCAAAACAGAGCUACACUGCUAGAACCACCAGUACCGUAAGUGCUAGUGGAAUGCUCUCAAGGGCAGCAAUCUACGCUGCCACCCAGCUUGGCUCUUUACAACAAACUCUUCCCCCCAAUGCUGUGGUGGUGGAUUAUUUUGAGGCACUUGUACGCUACGCUCGAGCUUAUGCUGCUUACUAUACCGCUAUUGACCACUAUGACCAAAAGAAGAUUGGCCACGCCCUAGGCCUCUUACAACUAGGCAUCAUUGCUCUUCAAGGACGCAAUCACGUGGUUAACGAACUGAGUCUGUCUUUAUCCAAGCCAAAAUCUAAACUUUUGGAGCUACGCCGGGACCGCAAAAAUGAUAAAGUGGUGAGAAAGCUGCGCCCCGUGAUCUCAAAGAAGAUUGAGGCUUUUGUGCCUAUAGACACCCAGGAGUUGCUUGAUCUGAUCCUACUGCUUCAACAAAGCUACACCAAGGAGAACGAGACGUUGGCAUUCCAGCUAGUGGUGGAUUGGCGUGAGAUUGAAGAUAAUGCCCAGUGGCCGUUGGGGAAACCAAUACCUCUACUGGGCCUUCCUGAGUACACUCCGGGGAAACAGAAAAACGUAAACACAGCACUGCUGUACUCUGGCCAGGGUGCCUACUAUUGA